AUGACGAAGCUCAUGAGCCCCCAAGGGGACAGUAGCCACAUUGCUUCAGUAUCCCCUUCUUGAUGCCAAACCUGGGCAUCUGGGGUUUAGAAUACCUGGUGUCCUGUUCCUCCAACCUCUGAGGAUUAGGGUCACCCCCGGAGGAGCAGGCCUCUGAUAUGGUAUCCAUCACAUGAGAAAAAGAACUCAAGAGGCCUUGGGUGAUCACAGCUCAGCAGACACCCCCCACCCCCAUCUAACAGAAUCUCACUGGGUGAGGUCCUAGUGCCUUGAAGUCCUAGCUGAAGGGCGCCAGGAGCCUUCUUCCCCUCAUUGGCAGAGUGUACAUGCAGGAUAGAAAGAAGGUGGUGGAUGGGGACCACCCCACAGAGCACUUUGGCUGGUCAUCUUUGUACCUCCAGCCCCAGCCUGGCACCCAAGGAAGGUGGGAGUUAGGAAGGUUAUCAAGUGAAGGUGAGCCUUGGAAGGUCUGUGUGCCCUCACUGGAGAGGUGCCCUGAGGGCUAGAGAUGGCUUAGAGCCCCAGGCCUCAGGAAGUCAUGGGAACAGCAUUUAAAUGGGAUUUUUAUCACCCUUUUCUUUUCUAAGGCCUAAAGAGAGGAUAAGAGGCUGCCUUUCCCGCUCCAAAUCCGUGAAUUCCACAACUGGGUGUGGGUGGUGGGGAACAGGGUGUUGGCCUCUACUGCAGGCUCAGGCACCUCUGUCUCCAUUGUCCCAACUCUUAGCUGCCUGCUCCUGGUCCCCAGCCAGCCAGGAGGGAGGAACUGGCGACUGGAACCUCUCCAUCAGUCUCCAGCAUCUGCCUGGCUCCUCCUGAGUGCUGCCACCCUCUCACAAAGAUGGCUGUGUGCCGGAGCACUGAGGGUUUCCUUAAACUCUAGGCCAUUCAUCACCAGGGUCCUGAGGACUCUGUGGGGAGUCUGUAGGAAGUGUGGAAAACCAACAAACCAAUUUCCCACUCGGCCGCUCCUGGUGGCCACAAGUAAACAGCCACUUCUGGGGCCAGCCUGGGCUGUUGAAGGGUUAUGCCUGUCCCUCCUUGGCCCGCCCUCCCUCCUUGACAUUGGGAGCCUCAAAAGGCAGGGAGCACAUGCUGGUCCAGCCAGUCCUGUGCUGCUGGACUAGAUGUUGGUGGCUGGGAUCAGGCACUACUUGGAGGAUAAAGGUCAGCCUGGGGCUGCGGCUCGACUCUCUGGGAUCAGAGUGUCCCCCACCUGAAGAGGGCAGAUUGGGUCCCAAGCUAUGCUCCUGAGCUGAGUGCCUGCAGCCAGCCUGAGGAACUCCAUGGCGCCCCCUCUCCCCACGGAGAAAGGACUCGCUUUGUCUCAGGAUUUCCGGGACCUUGUACACAGCCUAAAGAUUCGAGGCAGAUACGUCUUGUUCCUGGCAUUUGUGGUCAUAGUUUUUAUCUUCAUUGAAAAGGAAAAUAAAAUCAUAUCCAGGGUCUCCGACAAGCUGAAGCAAAUCCCUCAUUUUGUGGCAGAUGCCAACAGCACUGAUCCAGCCUUGCUCUUAUUGGAGAAUGCAUCUCUCUUGUCCCUGAGCGAGUUGGAUUCUACCUUUUCCCAUCUUCGGAGCCGCCUGCACAACCUGAGCCUGCAGCUGGGCGUGGAGCCAGCAAUGGAGACCCAGGGCCAGGAGGCUGGGGCAGAGAAGCCAUCCCAGCAGGCUGGAGCAGGGACCCGGCGUCAUGUGCUCCUCAUGGCCACCACCCGCACGGGUUCCUCGUUCGUGGGCGAGUUCUUCAACCAGCAGGGCAAUAUCUUCUAUCUCUUCGAGCCACUGUGGCACAUCGAGCGCACCGUGUUCUUCCAGCAACGAGGCGCCAGUGCGGCUGGUUCAGCCUUGGUCUACCGUGAUGUCCUCAAGCAGUUGUUGCUAUGCGACCUGUAUGUGCUGGAGCCCUUCAUCAGCCCUCCGCCCGAGGACCACUUGACUCAGUUCCUGUUCCGCCGGGGAUCCAGCCGUUCACUCUGCGAGGAUCCGGUGUGCACACCCUUCGUCAAGAAGGUCUUUGAGAAGUACCACUGCAGGAACCGUCGCUGCGGGCCACUCAACGUGACCUUGGCGGGUGAGGCCUGCCGCAGCAAGGACCACGUGGCCCUCAAGGCCGUGCGCAUCCGUCAGCUGGAGUUCCUGCAGCCGCUGGUUGAGGACCCAAGGUUGGAUCUACGAAUCAUUCAGCUGGUGCGCGACCCCCGGGCCGUGCUGGCUUCACGCAUAGUGGCCUUCGCGGGCAAGUAUGAGAACUGGAAGAAAUGGCUGUCCGAGGGGCAGGACCAGCUGAGCGAGGAUGAGGUGCAGCGAUUACGUGGCAACUGUGAGAGCAUCCGCCUGUCUGCAGAGCUGGGCUUGCGACAGCCAGCCUGGCUGCGCGGUCGGUACAUGCUGGUGCGCUAUGAGGAUGUGGCACUCAGGCCACUGCAGAAGGCCCGAGAGAUGUACAGCUUUGCGGGCAUCCCCUUGACCCCGCAGGUGGAGGACUGGAUACAGAAGAACACACAGGCAACACGCGACAGCAGCGACGUCUACUCCACUCAGAAAAACUCCUCUGAGCAGUUUGAGAAGUGGCGCUUUAGCAUGCCUUUCAAACUGGCCCAGGUGGUGCAGGCUGCCUGCGGCCCGACAAUGCGCCUCUUUGGCUACAAGUUGGCCAGGGAUGCCGCCUCACUCACCAACCGCUCCAUCAGCCUGCUGGAGGAGCGAGGCACCUUCUGGGUCACGUAGUGGGAGGAUGUCUGGGACCCUUGGAACUCUUUCUCGUGAAAGGCUGGCCCUGCUUCCCUCACACCCAUCCUGGCAGUGAGACACAGCCCUGGCAGAAAGUCAAAAUGGGGAGCGAUGAUGGGAACAUAGCCCCUGGCUGUAGCGGUAGGGCCCCCUGCCAGAUAGACUCCCCAGAGCAGCUACAGCUAGGGCCUUGGGCUCUUCUGAGGACACUCUGUCUCCUUAGUGGUACUCAUAAGGUGUCCUCACCCUAUGGCCUGCAGUGUCCCGAGCAGGCCCAGGUAGGUUCCUGUGUGUGGACACACUUCCCUAGCUCUUUCUCACACGGUGUAAACGAAGCCCGUAAAGGCCUGUAGGCUGUGUGGGCUGGAGUCCAAGUAUUUAACAACCAGAAGGGGCGUAGGCCCUCUGCAGACGCUCAGACCUCCUACUAUAUUAAGUGUUAACCUCUUCCGCUCUGAGUCAGAGAAGCUGGGAUCUGGCUGAGUCCUUGGAAGGAGGAGGACAGCCUAGGGUGAGGAAGGGGACCUUUGAAGCUUCUCAGGGAACAGUGGCUGUGUACCAGCUCAUAGAAAAUGGUUUGAUCAGCUGUUCUAGUCACUCAAGAGUAUCAGCCUGUGUAGAGCAAGACACACAAAGUAGAUUUAAAAGACAAGGCUGGGGGUGUGGCUCAGCGGUAAGGCCCUUGCCUCUCAUGCCCAGGGCCCUAGGUGUGAUUCUCAGCACUAUAAAUAUAAGGGAAAAUAAGGCAUACAUAUGUGUGCAGUACAGAGAGAGACAGAAAAGCAUAAUAAACAUCCCCUCCCUCUCACAAGCACACACACUCUGCCUCUCUGUCUGUCUGUCUGUCUGUCUGUCUGUCUCUCUUUGUCUCUC